CUGCGCUCAGCUCUCCUCGAGGUGGUGGUGGAGAGCCCUCCACAGCCAGUCGUAGUACAGACGGCCUGCAAGACGGCCUGCAAGACGCUGAGCGCAGCCUAGCGUAGCCGGGGCCGUGCCGUGCCGUGUCGCGAGUGUCUGCGUGUGUGAGAGAGUGAGUGUGUGAUGGAGGAGCCUCUCCUCCGUAGAAUGUCAUCUUCGGCGGAGCGCACCUAUCACCAGAUCGCACCCCACCACAGCAACCAACAGCUCGGCGACCGCCAGUACCGCUACCACAACCAUCACCAUCACCACCACUGGGAGGAUAUGACCGUGUUCCUGCGGUGGUUGCUGGUGGUGCUGAGCCUGGUGCCGGUGUCCAUGGCCUCGCGGCUGCCCCUGGUCAUGCUGGCCCACCACCACCACCAUCACCACCACCACCACAACCACGACCUGGAUCUGGAACUCGACUUGCUGGACCCCGGCCGCUGGGACUUGGCCACGCCCCUACAGCAGCAAGCGCAGCAAGCGCAGCACGACAAGCGGAUACGGACGCUGUACCAAGUCGGGAACUCGGAGGAGGAGCUGCCGGAGUGCGCGGAGGGCGCGGUGUGCAGCAAGCUGGACGUGUACGAGAAGCCGUGGCUGGAGCGGCAGUGCCGGUGCCGCAACCAGCAGCCCUGCCCGGGACACCCCUCGCCCGGCGACGGCCACACCAUCGUGGACAAGACGAGGCAACUCAAGAUGUGCGACCCCGUGAGGAAGCUGCCCAAGUGCCGGUACUUCCGAGACGUGACGUGGACGCUGGUGUCGGGCGCCUACCCCGGCAACGCCACGCAGCAGAUCGUGCACUGCCACUGCCCCAGGGGCUCCAUCGCCUACCUGGUCAAGCGGCAGGCCUUCGCGGACGACGCCGGUGACGCGGCGCAGGAGCUGGACCGGCUGGAUGCCACGCCGCGGUUCAAGUACUCGUUCGCCUGCAGCCCGCAAAGCCGGCUGCGGUGCCAGCGCAAGGAGCCCUGCCGACUGUUCACGGUGCGGCGACGCCAGGAGCUCCUGGACGAAGUCAACACCAACUCGCUGUGCCAGUGCCCGCACAACCACUACUGCCCGACACACCACUCGGACCCCGGCGUCAUCCAGGGCAACACGUACCAGGACGACAACGUGCGGACCUACAGCGGCUACUGCCUGCCCCUCUGAGCGACCUUUUUGGGCCGCCCCCCUGCCCCCCUGCGCCCUGGCCUCGGCACCUCCACGUCAAAGCGACGUCGACUUUGACCCAAAUUCGACGUCGAAUUGACGUUGGUUCCUUGCGGGACGUUGCAGGACCAGGCUGUCAUUUUGUAAAAAAAAACGCUUGUCCACAAUGUAUGAACAUAUAUUAUUUUUUUUUUGUAAAGGAAUGGUGAAUGUUGAACAUACACCUGUAAAUAUUUAUAUAAUCUAGUACAAUUUGUUUGGGAGGCGUUUGAGGUACAGGGAAGAAUGAAGAGAGACCAAACGAAAGUAUUUUUCGACGUAAAGGACUGAAAAAAUGGUAGGAAACGGAGCAUAGGAAACCGAAUUACAAAUAGGCAUAAGUAUAAAAGUGUUUUUUUUGUGUGUACAGAUAGGUAGUAGAAUGCGAGUAAGAUAUUUGAAUUGAUUAUUUGUCGAAGGUGUUAGAUGGAUAUUUAUUCAUAAUGUUGGUCAAUAAAGAAUGAUAAUUAGGACUGGGUUGUUAAAUUAUGGGAUAAAAUUCCGUUAUUUGUACGUACCUGUUACGAACGAGUGCGUUCAUUAGAAUUUUAGUUACGACAUUUUCAAUGUCUUAGUGUCGGAUACAUUCCAUAAAAGUUAAAUAUCAAAAGCGUUAAGACACAACGCACAAGUUACAUAAGCAAAUGUUUAUGAUUUUUAUUUUAAUGAGUUUUUUUUGUUAUAUAUCCGCCAGUGGCAGACUUGUUUUUGUUAGAAUGCGCAAUAAAUUUACAAAAAAAGAAAAAAAUAUAAGAGAAGUGGAGAAUUUAUGCAGAGUAGUUCGAAGAAGUGAAUAAGAACUUAAAAGAAUUGUACCGACAAUGUUUGAAGUACCAAGACUUGUCUAUUCAAAUGUGACCAAAUGUAGCUGUACCGAGCUUUAAUUUUAAUAAAAUUAUGUUGAAUUUACAUUGUAAGCAGGCCACGAAUCAGUCAUUUUGGAGUAUAAUGUACAUUCAUUUUUGAAUAAAUAUAUAUGAGCUGCAGUCA